ACAAGCCUAUAUUUAUUUUAAUGGCGCAUCUUAGAAACAAAAUAAAGAAAGUUCAUUUCUUUGUAAAAUUUGUGUCAACCCGUUAAUAUUCACAUAUCCUCUAUAAUAGAAGCGAACAGAUCUGAUUGUAUUUAGAAUUGGUUAAAAAAAGAAGACCUUUAAAGAACUUUAAAGAUAAUAUAUAAUUUUAUUUAAAAGGAAGAAUAAUAAAUAAAAAAAAAGUAUAGAUAUAAAUGUGUGCGAGAUAACUGUCAAAGUUGGAAGCUCUGUCUAAGAAAAAAGAAAAAAAAAUGCGAUAUCGAGACUCUAAUUUAACAUUUUCGUUACAUAUGCGAAAAGAACGCGUGGACGGAUUUUUGUCCACGUCCAUCUAUUCUAAAUAUUUGCCGCGAAGAGAAUAUAUAAUAAGAAUAUAUAAUAAUAUGGAAUAUAUAAUAAAAAUUAUGGACUUUGUAGCUGUUACGAAAGCAUGAUCAACAUGUGGAAAAGAAACGUUGCAUUAACUUCAAGACUAAGUUAUUCCGAAAGAAACGGUGAAAUCAUCAACAGAUAAUAUAUUUCAGAUCGGCGCGAAGUUAAUACUUCGACAAACAGAUUGAAUCUAAAGAUAGAUCUCGACGUGUACAUGCGUGUACAAACGAGAGAUGGCAGAGAAAGGUGCUCAUUUGACUGGAACUGCAUACAUCAGGCCUUCUAUCUUUGAAAUUAUUGCGCAAGAAUCUCUCGCGUCUACCCUCGAUCCAGCUUUUAAAAAGAUCCUUUCGUUUCUCGUUUCUUUUAAUCCUGAAAGAUAUGGACAUAUUCUUCAAUGGGCAGACGAAGGUUAUUUAAUUUUUAAUAUAUUCCUUCAACGAUAUUAUCUAAAGAAAUAUUCCGCAUCGUUUUCUGAAACAUUUUAUGGUUUGAAACGUGUUGCAGUAGUCGAUUCUAAACUCAAAGGAAGCUUAUCAUAUAAGCAACAAAUACUGUCAUUGAUAUUGAUUGUAAUAUUUCCAUAUCUAAAAAAUAAACUUGCACAACUCAGUUUGAGAUAUCAACUCGAAGAAGUAAAUGGUAGAGAUAUAUCAAGAGAGAGGGGGCAAAAAUUCUUUCGUAAAUACAUUGUUAAAGGACAUUCAAUUCUUUUUAUAACGUACGAAUCGCUCGUACUGUAUAAUUACAUACUUUACAUAUCGCAAAAAUCAGUGUAUCCAUCACCUUUGCUAAGAUUACUGUCUGUUACACUGACAUAUGCCGAUCCACACAAUGCUCUCACUAUCACAGAAUUAUUGAGGAAGAUAAAAUACAAUUCAUUCACCAUUGGCGAUGGAUGGAACAUAUUUCAAAGAUUUGUCACUGGAUCCCUUGAAUUGGGAGCUUUUCUCUUACAAUUUCUCUCAUGGUGGACCCAAGAAAAUUACAAUAUGGACAUCAUGAGUCUUCCAGCUCCGCCACCUCCAAAAGUGCCGAAUGUUGCACAGCGAUAUAAAGGAAUCUGUCCACUUUGUCACAAACCUCAUCAUAUACAUACAGUGCUUAUGGUAUCUGGUUAUGUUUUUUGCUAUCAAUGUAUUUUAUUGGAAAUACAGAAAAACAAGAGAUGCCCAGUAACACAUUAUCCUGCCAAAGAAGAUGAUUUAAUACGUCUAUAUAUAGAAUAAAAUAUAUAUAUGUAUAAAAAAUACAUAAUUUAUACUAUUUAUAAUGAAAUGUAUUAUAUAUAAAAUGUGCAAAGAGAAACAAAAUCGAAGAAUAAACACUGAUUGCCAUGUUUAUAAAACUAAUAUAACAUAUUGUUUUAGAAAAUUACUUGUGCAUGCGAUAUUGAAUUACAUUUAUAUAUAUAUUUGUAGAAGAAAAAAAUUAACAUUUUUCUCAAAAUAACAUUUUAUUUUUUUUAUGACACUGCAGCAUAAAUGAUACUUUUAUAAUCAGUUACUAAUAUAUAUACUUAUAGUCUUUACAAGCUUAAAUAUGGAGAAAAUAAUAUAGCUUAGAUUUUUAAAGAUUUAUAUCAUUAUUGUAGAGUUACACAAUUAAAUAGCGACACAAUAAAACAUACAAUGAAUUGAAGAAUAAUGAAUAACAUUCCAAGAGAUUUAUACAUAAUUUAAAUGUGGUCGUCUUUUUAAUAUCGAGCUCCUAAUAUAAUUAAAAUGCUUAUAGUGACUAUUGCAUAUUAUGUACAAAUCACUAUCUAAAAAAUUAAAAUACUACCUAAAAUAAUACAAUAAUAAGGCACAUUUUUUCUUAAAAAUACACUAGUUUCUAGUAGUUUAAAGCAAUUGUUUUUAUGCGCAAUGAAAUGUCAAUUCCUCUUCAUAUUUGAAUAAGUUUCAACUUAAAAUUUAUUUAAAUACUAAUAUAAAUAUAAAUCCAAAAAUAUAAUGGGAAUAUUUACUAUUUGAUAGAUACACUGGUAUCAAUAUAUAUAUAUAUAUAUAUAUAUAUAUAUAUAUAUAUAUGUAUAGUAUAUAUAUAUAUAUAUAUAUACGAUUGUCGCGCGAUGAUAAAAGAAUGUAAUCAUAUCAUAUAAGAUUCAAGCAUCAGUACUUAUUAAUAAUCAUAUCUAAAAUACUGAGCGUUACAAAAAGUACCAAUUAAUAUAAUUUUUUUUUCUAUUCUAAUUUUAAAUAAAAAAUAAGGAAAAUAUGCUCAAUGCAAAUUUCAAAACUGAUUAAUAGCGAUUAAUAGCAGGUAGUUUGAAACCACAAUAUUUACAGAUGUAAAUAUUUUCUUAUGUCAUACACAAUACUGAUCCAUAUUAUUUUUCAUUGUAUCUAAUGUAUCCAUAUACAAUAAUAAUACAACACUCAAAUUAUUGAUUUUAUACAUGGACACAUAACACGAUAAUUUUAAGGCACAACUCGAUUAAUAUGGGCAGUUAAAGUGUAUAUGUGUUUAAAUCUUAAUUCAAUAUGAUAUUUGCGAAUACCUCGAAAAUAGAGUAACCCAAUGUUUAUAACAAUAUGUAUAUAUGAAUCACAGAUAACAUGUAGGUUUGACUCGGAUGAAGA